AUGAGCCCGGCCCUGGGGCUCGACAGGCCGGGGGCCGGAAACUUGGCCCGAGAGCGGCUGAAACACCGAGAACCGGCACUUGACACGCGGACUAAAGCGAUGCCGGCCACAGCGUGCACUCACCUCCGGCUCCGCCAACACACAGCCGCUGGCCCUCAGCUCUGCCCGACUUGUCAGCAAGUCAAUUUCUUUUCAUCUUUAAAAUCAUUGCUGCUUACACCGGCUUGUUCUUUGCUGAAUUUCUACUUGAAAAAAAUAACCUUUUGCAGUGAUAAUUACACCCGCCGUGUCCAAACAUCUGGAAAAGGAGACUGUGGAGCAGACACGAUCGAUUCAGCGGCAUUCCUGCGCAUUUCGUCGGAAGGUGCCUCAUUCCCAGAUGUUAUAAACAGUUCCUCCUCAUUAUUACAGCCUCUGCAAUACAAGGAGCCACCAGGCAGCAUGUCAGUGCAGGCGGGCCAGCUGCUUUUCUCCUUGCUCCUGGCAUUGUUAGGAGGGCAGAGCCUGGCAUUCUCGGUGCCCAGUACUUGCGAGGCGAACGGCAGCUUGUAUUCUGUGGGUGAGUGGUACACGCUGGAGUCGGAUCCUUGCAGCCAGUGCGAGUGCACGCUGGCCGGGCCAAUGUGCGCCCCUCACACCGAGUGUGCACCGCUGCCUCCCGCCUGUAUCCAUGUCAGCCACUACCCGAGCGACUGCUGCUCUCGCUGCGAGAGGAUUGGCUGUGAAUACCGGGGAGCCGUGUACGAGCUGGGGCAGCACUUCCAGCCAUCAGAAUGUGAACAAUGUACCUGUGACACGGAAGGCAUUGCACACUGUCUAGUUGCUGACUGUGCUCCACCCCCAUGUGUUAAUCCAGUGUAUGAGAAAGGAAAAUGCUGCCCAGAGUGCAAGGAUGGUCCAAAUUGUUACAGCGACUUCACUCAAAGUCAUGUAAUCCCAGGAGGAACCACUGUGUGGGUUGAUAAGUGCACCAAAUGCCACUGCCACGAUGGACAGGAUGUUGGAUACUGGGAAGGCAAUCGUGUAGCCAAGUGUGUGAUGGUUCCUAAUUGCACUUUGAAUGAUGAUGAGAAUUAAUGAAUACAAAACUGUAGACCAUAUUGAUAUUUUUGGAUCUCCUCAGUUCUAUGAUGUAUACUGUCAGGAAUGAUGAUUGAUGUUAAUAAAAGCCAUGGAUCUAAAAUUGUAAACCAAAG